AUGGCAGAGUCUGACUCCCGAGGUUCACCCGAGGACCCCAAAGCCGACGACAAGCCCGAUCAGGACGGAGCUGGCAAAACGGCAGCCAACGCACCUGUUAAGGAUCGGAAAUGCCAGUACUGCGGCCAGGCUUUUACCUCAUCAUCUCUAGGUCGCCAUCUGGAUCAAUUUGUCUUCAAAAAGAAGGCCGAUGGUGUCCAUGACGUUGAAGAGAUCCGGCGCAUUCGGAGUGGGAUCACUCGCCGACAAGCUCGUACAAGCUCCAGCAAGCAUGACGGAACCCCCGAACGCACACCCAAGAGAGGCCAAGAAGGAAAUCAAACCUCUGCUGAAGCGGCGCCCAAGGCGCGCGAACCAGCGGUCCGAAUGAUGUUCAACACUCCCACCUGGCAUGCCACGGGGGUCAUCAAUGACAUCCCUGAUCCAAGCCGUCCAGCCGAGGGCCAUCGCGUGGCAUCUGCUCAGUCGCGAGCAAGCUCUCUUCACCUUCCCGAGUUUGCGACUCGAGGCGCAACUGCCAAUAACCCGGAUACCACUAGAGCCCUCGAGCUAGCCCUGCGCGAGGCUCUGGACAACAUCAAGGCGGCAACUGCCAGUGUCCGACCGCGCCCUUCGCCAUUCGACUUUGACAUCCAGUCGCAGACCUUCCCUUCUCUUUGCCUCCGACUCCUCCCCCCUCCGCCGAGUCUCUUUGCUGCUCACCCCUUUUCCUCGCCCAUGUCCUUCCCAAUCCAGCCGCCCGGUAUCGAGAAUCUCGACGUCGUUCGUCAGGCAAUUCGCUCUCGAAUCGUCCAGUGGCGUGCUGAGCAACUCUCUCAGGACACUGGAACAUACCCCAGCGCUCCAGGCAGCGGAAUGGACAGCGCGGCAAUCAGUCGUGCGGGGCAUCAGCACGAAGAGUCCAGUAUCCAACACUUGGAGCUGGCGUUCAACCACUGGAACAAGCUUUCGCACGACACCCGGCGCGAGGCAUGGCAACUGGAAAUCCAGCGUGCCUAUGUGCGUGAGUGCGAGUCGCGCAAGUCGGUCGAAGACCGGUUGGCGCGGGUGCAGCAGGAAGCAAACCAGCUUCGAGCCCAGGUCGAACGUCUAGGCUCGUGCCAGUGGCCUCGUGAGUUCGCCCUCUUCCCACCGGACACCCUUCCCAUCCCUCGAGACGUGGCUCGUGAACUAGAUUCCAAGGGCAGUGCGAUCGGACCCGAGUCGUCAAGAUGGGAUUUCGACCACAUGGUGUCCAAAUGGAAAAGAGUCGUGAUGCACGAUAAGAACGUGGGGCGCAGUGGGGUGAGUCCAGGACCAAGCCUGUUGAGGGAGUCGGAUGACUCGCACCAUGAGUUUCGUGCGCCUCGAUCAGGUGAAGAACCGUCCUUAUUCCCUAACAGACUGCGACCCCUCCAGCCAAACAUCAACUCGAACAACAACAACACCACCACCAUCGCCGCCAACAUGAACGGCUUGAGUCCGGACCCAGCAAACACUGGAACUCCAGCGUCAUCGGUCAACUACACUUCCCCUUACUCGCACCAGGACGCGCGCAGCCCACCACAGGGCAGUGGUAACGCGGGGCCACCGCUCAAGCGUCAACGUUUCACGAAUGGAUCGGAUGGUUUGGGUCUCGGCGAACCCUCUUCACUUCAUACUUCGGGCCCUGGCACUUGGCCUUCAUCCACGCCCAUGCCCAUGCUGUCCAACUUGGCUGCUACAUCGGGCCAGACCCCCCCCUCAGCACCGCGUGGCUGA